ACACCAAAUACAAACAAGAAAAACCUCCUCCAUAUUUAAAUUCAAACCUCCAAGAAAAAAAAAGCCCCCGAAAAUGGCUUCCUCUUCCUCUUCGUCGUCAACUGCGCACACGAAAUUCUCCAUCUUAGUGAGUCUCUUCAACUGGAUUUCAAAGACCAAAACUUCCUCCAGAAAACGCUCUAAAUUCCGCAAAUUCAUCGACACUUUCUGCUCUCCGUCCGAUUACUUCUCCGCCGUCCGCUUGAUCCUACCUAACCUCGACCGCGAACGCGGCACUUAUGGUCUCAAAGAAUCUGUCCUCGCCGUUUCCCUCAUUGAAGCACUCGGCAUGUCCAGGGAUUCCCCUGAUGCCUUGAAGUUGAUUAAUUGGCGUAAAGGUGGCGCCAACGCUACCGGUGCUAAUGCCGGCAAUUUCUCUCUCGUUGCUGCCGAAGUGUUGCAGCGGAGGCAGGGAACGGUGUCGGGUGGGUUGACGAUUGAGGAGCUGAAUGGUUUGCUUGAUAAAUUGGCAUCCAGUGAAAAUAGGGGUGAGAAAACUGCAGUACUUGCUGCUUUGAUAAACAAGACAAAUACACAGGAAAUGAAGUGGAUUAUUAUGAUUAUUCUUAAAGAUUUGAAGUUGGGGAUGAGUGAAAAGAGUGUAUUUCAUGAAUUUCACCCGGAUGCGGAAGACUUGUUUAAUGUUACAUGUGACUUGAAAUUGGUUUGUGAAAAGCUGAGGGAUCGAAAUCAAAGGCAUAAACGUCAGGAUAUUGAAGUUGGAAAAGCAGUGCGCCCUCAACUAGCAAUGAGAGUUAGUGAUGCACAUGCUGCAUGGAAAAAGUUGCAUGGGAAGGAAGUGGUGGUGGAAUGUAAAUUUGAUGGUGAUCGCAUCCAAAUACAUAAGAAUGGUGCGGAAGUACACUAUUUCUCAAGGAACUUUCUAGAUCACUCUGAAUAUGCUCAUGGAAUGUCGGACAUUAUUGUACAAAAUGUUUUGGAUGAGAGGUGUAUUCUUGAUGGUGAAAUGCUGGUCUGGGAUACAUCUUUGAAUCGGUUUGCAGAGUUUGGUUCAAAUCAAGAAAUAGCAAAGGCUGCAAGGGAUGGGCUUGAUAGUGAUAGACAGUUAUGCUAUGUUGCAUUUGAUAUUCUUUAUGUUGGAGAUACAAGUGUGAUUCACCAAACCUUGAAGGAAAGGCAUGAGCUGCUCCGUAAAGUUGUCAAGCCAGUGAAGGGUCGUUUAGAGAUCUUAGUACCUAAUGGGGGUCUUAAUGCUCAUCGUCUUCCUGGGGAACCUUAUUGUUCGCUUAUUGCAUAUAACGUGGAUGACAUUGAGAAGUUUUUUAAGGAAACCAUUGAAAACAGGGAUGAAGGUAUUGUAUUAAAAGACCUUGGUUCCAAAUGGGAACCAAGUGAUCGGAGUGGAAAGUGGUUGAAACUGAAGCCUGAGUACAUUCGUGCUGGUUCUGACUUAGAUGUUCUUAUCAUAGGGGGAUACUAUGGUUCUGGACGUCGUGGAGGAGAGGUGGCUCAAUUCUUGUUGGGUCUAGCAGAGCGUCCUGCUUCUAAUACAUAUCCCAGGCGAUUUAUCUCCUUUUGCAGAGUGGGCAAUGGGCUGUCAGAUGAGGAGCUGGAUACUGUUGUCUCCAAACUAAAGCCUUAUUUUAGGAAGAAUGAAUACCCAAAGAACUCACCACCAAGUUUUUAUCAAGUUACAAAUAAUUCAAAAGAGAGACCAGAUGUGUGGAUUGAAAACCCUGACAAAUCAAUUAUACUUUCCAUUACCAGUGAUAUUCGGACUAUAAGUUCUGAGGUGUUUUCUGCCCCAUACAGCUUGAGAUUUCCGCGUAUUGACAGAGUGAGAUAUGACAAGCCUUGGCAUGAAUGUCUUGAUGUGCAGUCAUUUGUAGAGCUAGUACAUUCAAGUAAUGGUACCACACAAAAAGGAAAAGGGUACGGAUAUGUGCAAGAUAGCAAACCGACACACAUAAAAUCCUCUAGGAAAGGAGAGAAAAAGAGUGUGUCUGUUGUUCCAUCUCAUUUAAUUCAGACUGAUAUUUCUGACAUCAAGGGGGAAACUUUGAUAUUUUCAAAUAUGAUGUUUUACUUUGUCAAUGUGCCUCCAUCUAAUUCUCUCGAAUCCUUGCACAAAAUGGUUGCUGAGAAUGGGGGAACUUUCUCAAUGAAUUUAAAUAACUCAGUCACCCAUUGUAUAGCUGCUGAAAGCAAAGGGAUUAAAUAUCAAGCAGCAAAGCUUCACGGAGAUAUUAUUCAUUAUUCAUGGGUCUUGGAUUGCUGUUUGCAAAAGAAGCUCCUUCCAUUGCAGCCAAAGUCCUUCCUUUUCCUCUCUGAUGGUUCAAAGAAGAAGUUACACGAAGAAAUUGAUGAAUUUUCUGAUUCUUACUACUGGGACCUUGAUCUUUCAGACAUCAAACAGCUUUUGAGCAACAUAAAUGCAUCAGAAGAUGCCAAAGCCAUAGACGACUUAAAGCAAAAGUACUGUCCAGAGGAAAAAUGGUCUCUGUUUCAUGGCUGCUGUGUAUAUUUUCACAUUUCAAGAGAGUCUUUAACACCCGAUUGGGAAUCCUUGUUGGGACUUGCAUUUAGGAGGUUGAAACUUGAAAUUUUCAUGGGUGGUGGCAAAGUCAGCAAUAAUAUUGCUCAUGCCACUCAUUUGGUGGUCCUGAUUGUACCAGCAUCUGAUGUGGAUUUUGGUUCCCUUGUGAAAAGUUUCACAACUGCAGAGAAACAUUUUCUCCUGAAUAAGAGGUUGUAUGUGAUUGGAUCUCAAUGGUUGGAGGACUCUUUGGAGAGGGGGCAAAAGUUGCUAGAGGAUACAUAUAACUUGAAACCCUCUGGUUUGGAAGAGUCAAACUGCAAAGAAGUUGUAUGUGACCUAGAUAUGGAAGAAGCAACUCCCAUUUUAGAUGGUGCAGAAAAUGAGAGAUUGCCAUCAGUUACUGAUAGUGAAGCCAAGGAGAAAGGAAGCAAAGCAGCUUUAAAAGAUUCAAAUAAACUGGGCUCACUUGAAAAGGAGACAACAAGGAAAAGAGGAAGGCCUGCUGGUGGGAGCACAAAAAAAGGAAAAAUAGGCGCUGGCCAAGCUCGAAGAACACGGGCACGAAUUGUAAACAAGCCUGCUAAAAUAUCCGUAGAAAAAUCAGACGAAAGCUGUUCUCAUGAUGAUAAAAAUGAAGAAAAUGAUACGAGUGAUGGAGAUGAUGAAAUUCAUGGAGGGAAGCCUGCUGGUGGGAUAACAAAGAAACGAAAAAUGGGUGCUGGCCUAGCUCGAAGAACACGUGCAUGCAUCGUAAACAAGCCUGCUAAAAUAUCUGAAGAAAAACCAGAUGAAAGCUGUUCUCAUGAUGAUAAAAAUGAAGAAAACGAAAUGAGUGAAGGAAAUUAUGAAAUUCAUGGAGGGAGGCCUGCUGGUGGGAGCACAAAGAAGGGAAAAAUAGGUGCUGGCCAAGCUCUAAGAACACGGACACGAAUAGCAAACAAGCCUGCUAAAAUACUUGAAGAGAAAUCAGAAGAAAGCUGUUUGCAUGAUGAUGAAAUUGAAGAAAACGAAAUGAGUGAAGGAAAUGAAGAAAUUCAUGGGCCAGUUAGCAAGUACAAUUUGGAUAUCCAACAAACUAAAACGGUAGAAGAUUCAGAAUCAUCACGGAGAGAUAAAGCAAAGGAGGAGACUGCUGAAGAGAACAGACAUGAAGAGUGGUUAGAUAAAGCUCCUGAUGUUGAAAUGAGCGAAAGGUAUUAUGACCAGGUGACUGAGAAGCCUGAGAAACUAGAAGUCAUGGUCGAUCCAGUUCAUGCCAUCUUAAUGGACAUGAUUCCAAGCCUUGGUAUAAAGAAGGGGGAGACCACAAAUCCAACAAUUGACAAUGAAAAGCAAGCUGAAGGUCCCUAUGCACAGUCAAGCCUCAGUAUGAAGAAGGCGGAAAAUACAACUCCAACCCUAGAUACCGAAAAGCCAGCUGAAAAUCCCAGUUUACUGUCAGUGAAGAAGAAAGUCAGCUACAAAGAUCUUGCUGCCAAACUGCUCAUGAAUUAGCAACUUAAGUGUAUUUUGUUGCGUGGUUGCCAAUUCUGUAUUAUAUCUUGCACCUAGGAGGAGGGCAGAAAAUCACAUUUUAAGCUGUUCACUUUUAACUUAUCACAUCCAUGAUCCAUUCCUGGUCCUUUUUAUACCAAUUAAUUGUAUCCGUAGAAGUCAUUUUCUCUCUCUCUCAAGAUGAGCCCUGCGGUAUGGUAUCUUUGAUGAUUGGACCAGACAUUAUAGAUACUGUUUCAAAUGGGUGAAUUUUGUUUCGGAUAGUUAUUUUAUCCGAUGAAUAAUUGAUUGCCAAUGGAUGCUGUUAAAUCUGAUUUGAGAUGUAUAUAUUUGCAUUAUAUGCA